CUCUUUCUCUUUCCCACAUAAAAAUCUGACACACAAACACACCCUCCUCUACACUCUAUACUUUUUGCUUUUAUUUAUUUCACUACUAUAAAAAAGCACCAGAAAUAAAAUAAAUAAAUAAAUAAAUUUAAUGGCAGUUGUUUGUUGAUUGAUUGAAACACAGAGAGAGAGAGAGAGAGAGAGAGAGAGAGAGAAGAAGAAGCAGAAGUGGCAGCAGCAGCAGCAGCUCAUAGAUAUUCAUAGACUCAGUACCAGUAGUACCAAACCCAGUUCCACUUCUAAAACGAACCACCCUUUUUUAAUGAUAUAUUCUCUGCAAAAUUUUGUAACUUCAAAACACACACUCUCUCUAUAUAUUAUGAUUCUUGAGUUUAAGUUUUUGAUGGUUGUUAUUGCAUGCACAUAAGUAUUUGCUGGGGUUUGGUAAGAUCUGGGUGUUUUUUGUAUGAAGUUAAAGUUUUUGAGAUCUGCAGUUUAUAAAGAAAAAAGAGUGAUUUGAGGUGUAAUGUGGUGGAGCAUAUGAGGCACAAAUCCAUAGUGUUUUGUAGCAAAACCGGUUUCGGUUGAAUCAUGAAUCACAUUAAGUGAAGUGAAGAAGUUUUGUUAUGUUGUGGAUCUUUCUUUGAAGUUUGGAUUUCAAGCUCUUCAAUUUUGUACCACUCAAAAAAAUGAGACUUGCUUCAGCUGGUUUUAGUCCUCAAACCCAAGAAGGGGAGAAGAGGGUGUUGAACUCUGAGCUUUGGCAUGCGUGUGCCGGUCCUCUUGUUUCUCUACCUGCUGUUGGAAGCCGCGUUGUUUAUUUCCCUCAAGGCCAUAGUGAGCAGGUUGCUGCAUCAACCAACAAAGAGGUGGAUGCACAUAUCCCUAACUAUCCAAGCUUGCCUCCACAACUUAUCUGUCAGCUGCACAAUGUAACCAUGCAUGCCGAUAUUGAGACAGAUGAAGUAUAUGCACAGAUGACCUUACAGCCAUUGAGUCCGCAAGAGCAAAAGGAAACAUAUCUUCCAGCAGAGUUAGGCAACUCCAGCAAACAGCCGACCAAUUAUUUUUGUAAAACAUUGACAGCCAGUGACACAAGUACUCAUGGAGGAUUCUCUGUUCCUCGGCGGGCAGCUGAAAAAGUGUUUCCUCCAUUGGACUUCUCCCAGCAGCCCCCAGCUCAAGAGUUGAUUGCCAGGGAUCUUCAUGAUAAUGAAUGGAAAUUUCGGCAUAUAUUUCGGGGCCAGCCCAAAAGACAUCUCCUUACUACAGGAUGGAGUGUGUUUGUAAGUGCUAAGAGACUCGUUGCUGGUGAUUCAGUGCUUUUUAUCUGGAAUGAGAAGAAUCAAUUGCUUCUUGGUAUCCGCCGUGCUAAUCGACCACCAACUGUGAUGCCUUCAUCAGUUUUAUCAAGCGACAGUAUGCACUUGGGGCUUCUUGCUGCUGCAGCUCAUGCAGCUGCAACCAAUAGCCGCUUUACCAUAUUUUAUAACCCAAGGGCUAGUCCAUCAGAAUUUGUCAUACCUUUGGCCAAGUAUGUGAAAGCAGUCUAUCAUACUCGUGUUUCUGUUGGCAUGCGAUUUAGGAUGCUGUUUGAAACAGAGGAAUCAAGUGUGCGACGCUACAUGGGCACGAUAACUGGCAUAAGCGACUUAGAUCCUGCAAAGUGGCCAAAUUCACAUUGGCGCUCUGUCAAGGUUGGCUGGGACGAAUCAACAGCAGGGGAGAGGCAGCCAAGAGUUUCCUUGUGGGAGAUUGAACCAUUAACAACAUUCCCAAUGUAUCCCUCUCCAUUUCCACUGAGGUUGAAGCGGCCAUGGCCAGCAGGACUACCUGCCUUUCAUGGUAUUAAAGAUGAUGAUCUAGGAAUGAAUUCUCAACUUAUGUGGCUCCGAGGUGACGGAGAUCGUGGAAUUCAGUCUAUGAACUUUCAAGGACUUGGAGUUACACCAUGGAUGCAGCCAAGGUUAGAUGCUUCAAUGCUUGGUUUACAAACUGACAUGUAUCAAGCUAUGGCUGCUGCUGCACUUCGGGAGAUGAGGGCUGUUGAUCCUUCCAAAGCUACUCCGACAUCCCUUCUGCAAUUCCAACAACCCCAAAAUCUCCCCAGUCGGACUGCUGCUUUAAUGCAGCCCCAGAUAUUACAGCAGUCUCAUCAUCAGCAGACGUUUAUUCAAGGUGUUCAAGAAAACCAACAUCACUCUCAGUCCCAGGCUCAAACUCAGUCACACCUACUUCAGCCACAGUUGCAGCAUUCGCACUCUUUCAAUAGCCAACAGCAGCAGCACCAGCCAAUGGCACAACAACAACAGCAACAGGUUGACCAUCAGCAGAUUUCAAGUGCUGUCUCUGCUAUGUCACAAUUUGCGUCAGUCUCUCAAUCCCAGUCAUCACCUUUGCAAGCAAUCUCUUCACUCUGCCAUCAGCAGAGUUUCUCCGAUUCAAAUGGGAACCCUGUAUCAAGCCCUAUUGUUUCUCCCCUGCAUAGUCUAUUGGGCACAUUUCCCCAGGAUGAAUCAUCCCAUCUACUUAACUUGCCCAGAAGCAAUCCCUUGAUUUCUUCUCCUACCUGGCCUUCUAAACGGGCGGCAGUUGAACCUCUUUUUACUUCUGGAGCUCCUCAAUGUGUUCUGUCCCAAGUGGAACAAUUGGUGCCACCUCAGACAAAUAUCUCUCAGAAUUCUAUUUCUUUGCCGCCUUUUCCUGGCAGGGAGUGUUCAAUUGACCAAGAAGGGAGUGCCGAUCCACAGAGCCAUCUUUUAUUUGGGGUUAAUAUAGAGCCCUCAUCUCUUCUGAUGCAGAAUGAAAUGUCAAGCCUUGGGGGAGUUGGGAGCAACAGUGACUCCACAACCAUACCUUUUGCUUCCUCAAAUUACAUGAGCACUGCAGGAACCGAUUUUUCAAUCAAUCCAGCAAUUACACCUUCCGGUUGUAUUGAUGAAUCAGGGUUCCUACAGUCUCCAGAAAACGUGGGCCAAGUAAACCCACCAACCAGAACCUUUGUUAAGGUUUACAAGUCAGGGUCCUUUGGUAGAUCACUGGAUAUAACCAAAUUCAGCAGCUACCACGAGCUACGCAGUGAGCUUGCUCGCAUGUUUGGCCUUGAAGGCCAGUUAGAGGACCCUCUGAGAUCAGGCUGGCAGCUUGUAUUCGUUGACCGGGAGAAUGAUGUUCUUCUUCUUGGUGAUGACCCCUGGCCGGAAUUCGUAAAUAGUGUGUGGUGUAUCAAAAUACUUUCACCACCAGAAGUGCAGCAAAUGGGCAAACGAGGCAUAGAGCUUCUGAAUUCAGUUCCAAUUCAGAGGCUCUCCAACAGCAGCUGUGACGACUAUGCAAGCCGGCAGGACUCAAGAAAUUUGAGCACCGGCAUAACUUCGGUGGGGUCACUGGACUACUGAACAAUUUAACCGGUCAAGAUACGUCUCUCUUCUGUAAUGUUACUGUGUUUCAAUCCGUGUAGAGGUGGCAACAGCCACCUAACUCUAGUUUAAAGUUGAUAUAUAAGUUAAUACUGUAAGUAUAAGAUAUAUUUUCACAUAUUAAGUGCUAUGAAAUAUGGAAAUAUUUAUUAGGAUCUAUUGAUUGUGAUGGAAGUUGUUUGUUUCAA